GUGGGCGUUUUAUUUCCUUCUUACUCCUCACUCUCAGUCCACGCUGCUCUGGCGCGUAUCAACAACACCCUCUCCGCCAUCUUCAACAUCUGCCACAGCAGCUUGUUCGCUUCCACCUUCGCUUCAUCUUUUCGCCGGCCCAUCCAUCUGCGUUCCGCCUCCGCCUCCGCCGCUAACAUGUCAGGAGUUGAAAAGAAGGCCGAGACUCCUGAAGAAAUAGAGCGGAAGAAGAAGAAAGAAGAAAAGGCUAAGGAAAAAGAAAUGAAGAAGCAAAAAGCUGCCGAGAAGAAGGCCGCUGCUGAUAAGCUGAAGGCACAAGGUCCUGAUGCUGCUAAAAAGAGUGCUGCUAAGAAGGCUGCAAAGCGAGAUGCUGGCGGCGAUGAGAACCCGGAGGAUUUUGUCGAUCCGGAGACAAAUCUCGGUGAUAAGAAAAAGCUUUCCGCUAAAAUGGCAAAACAGUAUAACCCGACUGCAGUUGAGAAAUCAUGGUAUCCUUGGUGGGAAAAAGAGGGCUACUUUGUGGCGGAUGCUAAGAGCACCAAACCACCAUUUGUCAUUGAAGUGAGACGAGCAUCACAGGUUAUCAGUGCCAUCGCGUUCUUAAAGAUUUCAUUGUGCCCCUAUAUGGAAAUGUCAAAAUGGCUAAAAUUGUUGGUGCACAUUUUGCAGGUUCUUCCACCUCCAAAUGUGACUGGGGCCCUACACAUUGGCCAUGCACUUACUGCUGCCAUAGAGGAUCUAAUCAUUCGCUGGAAGAGAAUGUCUGGCUUUAAUGCCUUAUGGGUGCCCGGUGUGGACCAUGCUGGGAUAGCUACACAGGUUGUUGUAGAGAAGAAGUUAAUGCGUGAACGCCAUCUAACUAGGCAUGAUAUUGGUCGCGAGCAAUUUGUAGCUGAGGUUUGGAAAUGGAAGGAGGAAUAUGGUGGUACAAUACUGAGGCAGUUGCGAAGGUUGGGUGCUUCUCUUGACUGGUCUCGUGAGUGUUUCACAAUGGAUGAGAAAAGAUCAAGGGCUAUAACAGAGGAGUUUGUUAGGUUAUACGAAGAAGGUCUCAUCUAUAGGGAUCUUCGGCUAGUGAACUGGGAUUGCACCUUGCGUACAGCAAUAUCUGAUAUUGAGGUAGAUUAUAUGGACAUCAAGGAGAGAACCAAGUUGAAGGUACCAGGUUAUGAAAAAGAGGCUGAAUUUGGUGUAUUGACCUUAUUUGCUUAUCCACUGGAGGGAGAGCUAGGUGAAAUAGUAGUUGCCACUACCAGGGUUGAAACAAUGCUUGGUGACACUGCUAUUGCUAUCCAUCCUGAUGACAAGAGAUACAUCCAUCUACAUGGAAAAUUUGCAGUACAUCCAUUUAAUGGAAGAAAGCUUCCUAUAAUAUGUGAUAAAGAAACUGUUGAUCCCACUUUCGGAACUGGUGCUGUGAAGAUUACUCCAGCCCAUGAUCCCAAUGAUUUUAAGGUUGGGAAGGCCCAUAAUCUUGAAUUUAUAAAUAUAUUUACGGAUGAUGGUAAGAUCAACAGCAAUGGUGGACCAGAGUUCACUGGGAUGCCACGGUUCAAGGCCCGUGAGGUGGUGAUUAAUGCUUUGAGAGAGAAGGGAUUGUACAGAGGUGACAAAAUUAAUGAGAUGCGCCUUGGAUUCUGUUCAAGAAGCAAUGAUGUUAUUGAGCCAAUGAUAAAGCCUCAAUGGUUCGUUAACUGUGGUAGCAUAGCUAAGCAGGCCCUUGACGCUGCAACAGAGGGUGAAACUCCAAAGCUUCAGUUCAUCCCGAAACAAUAUUUGGCGGAAUGGAAAAGAUGGCUUGAAAACAUUCGCGAUUGGUGCAUCUCAAGGCAGCUUUGGUGGGGUCAUCGAAUUCCUGCAUGGUAUGUUACGCUUGAAGACGAUGAUUUGAAGGAACAAGGUGCAUAUAAUGACCACUGGGUGGUUGGAAGAAAUGAGAAUGAAGCUUUGGAAGUGGCUAACAGUAGAUUUGCUGGGAAGAAGUUCAAGAUGAAUCAAGAUCCUGAUGUGCUGGAUACAUGGUUCUCCUCUGGAUUGUUUCCAUUGUCUGUUUUAGGAUGGCCUGAUGAGACAGACGACUUGAAAGCGUUUUAUCCUACUUCAGUUCUUGAAACUGGGCAUGACAUUUUGUUCUUCUGGGUUGCACGCAUGGUUAUGCUAGGCAUGAAACUGGGAGGUGAUGUGCCUUUCUCUAAGGUGUACUUGCAUCCAAUGAUUCGUGAUGCACAUGGCCGCAAGAUGUCUAAAUCUCUUGGAAAUGUUGUUGACCCACUGGAAGUAAUAAAUGGGGUAAGCCUUCAGGGGCUUCACAAGAGACUUGAAGAGGGGAACUUGGAUCAAAACGAGCUGGCCACUGCGAAAGAGGGUCAGAAGAAAGACUUCCCUGAUGGUAUUGCAGAAUGUGGUGCAGAUGCACUACGCUUUGCCCUUGUUUCAUAUACUGCUCAGUCCGAUAAGAUAAAUUUGGACAUCCAAAGAGUGGUUGGAUAUCGUCAGUGGUGCAAUAAGCUGUGGAAUGCUGUUAGAUUUGCAAUGGGCAAACUUGAUGCAGAUUACACCCCGCCUUCAACUUUAGCUUAUGAGACCUUGCCCUUUAGCUGCAAGUGGAUUCUCACAGUCCUGAACAAGGCCAUAUCAAAAACUGUGACUGCAAUGGAUGCAUAUGAGUUCUCUGAUGCGUCCAGCGAAGUCUUUUCAUGGUGGCAGUAUGAGUUCUGUGAUGUUUUCAUUGAAGCAAUUAAGCCUUACUUUGCUGGCAACAGUUCGUCAUUUUCCGUGGAACGAAGUGCGGCACAGGACACUCUCUGGGUAUGCUUGGACAAUGGCUUGCGGCUACUGCAUCCAUUUAUGCCGUUUGUUACUGAAGAAUUGUGGCAACGCCUUCCUUCAGCUAGCAGCCAUGCAAAGAAAGACUCUAUUAUGGUAGCAGACUACCCAUCACCGGUAGAGGUUUGGAACAAUAUAUUGGUGGAAAACGAAAUGGAGCUUGCUCGAUCAACUUGGAAAAGUCUAAGAUCGCUUCGGGUUGCGGUGCUUGAAAAGCAGACAAAUGAAAGGCAAGACUUUGUUGUUUUAGAUAAUUCACCCUCCGAUUCUCUAUUACCAGCUUUUGCAUUUUGCCAAAGUGAAGCAGUUGCAGAAAUUAUUAGAGGGCGUGAGUUGGAGAUUAUAACUCUUGGAAGCUUAUCAUCCUUAAAGGUCCUAGUGAGUGGGAUAGAUGCUCCUCCCACUGGAUGUGCUUUUGAGAUUGUCAACGAGAACCUUAAAGUGUAUCUCAAGAAAGAAGGGAAGGUUGAUACAGCAGCAGAGCGAGAGAAGAUCAGAAGUAAAAUGGAUGACAUACAGAAGCAACGGGAAAAAAUAGAGAAGAACAUAAGCACCACAGGGUACAAAGAGAAAGUACCGCCUCAUAUUCAGGAAGAGAAUACUGAGAAGCUGAAUAGGCUCAUUCAGGAACUGGAGUUAUUGAAGUUAGAGAGUGCACGGCUUGAAGCUGAGAGUAACGCUCCAAGGCAGUAACCUUAACAAAUUUAGCAGAAGGCCCGACUGCCAUUGUUAUCAAUUUAGUAUGCAUACAGGCUGACGAGCGAGUUGCACAAUUUUUGGUUCUCUCCCAAAAUUGUUUUGAUUAUGCAAUCCGGUAAUUUGACAAGUUUCAUUUAUGAGAUUAUUGUUGUAGUAGUUGCGUCUGGUGUAAUUCUUACUGCUUCUCUUGGCGGCUAUGGGACGCUGUUGUCUAUGCACGAUAUUUUAGUUUGGGUCUAUUGUCUUCAAAAUGGCCUGGUUCAACGGGUGAAACUGCAAGCUAGUUGCUUGGCCGAUUCAACGAUCCAACCCAGGAUAGUAAUAUCAAGGCCGUCAAUUGUCAAAGACCGAUCAAGAGACUGAAAAAGAACAGCUGAGUUCAUCAGCUUUAAGAAUUGGCUUCGAUCUGUAUUAUUUUGUAAUAGACAUAAGGAUACUACGUCCUUCAAA